GUUUGUGCCGCGCCCGGUGGAUACUCUUAAAGUGGUCGAAAAAAAAAAUGUUCAAGCUCGUUAUAUAUUUUGGGUCAUGUGUCAUCCUAAGUAUUUGGGCAGCCCCUGACGAUUCAAGGAACGCGCGCAUACUUGACUCCGAAUUCGAAAAUGACGUCGAUGGAUCGUAUCGUUUCAGUUACAAAACUAGCGAUGGCAUCGAAAGACAAGAAAGCGCAGAACUAAUACCGUCCAUACACGAUGAAUCCCAGAACGUUGCGUCCGUGAAGGGCAGCUUUAGUUACACGGGACCGGACGGCGUAGUUUACACGGUCAAAUACACCGCAGACGAAAGCGGAUUUCAUCCGGAAGGUGAUCAUUUCGUGGUACCUCCGUUCGUACCGUGGGUCAAAGGUCAGCCCGUCGACGACGGUCGAUACAGACCAGAGAACCAAGACAUAAACAAGGGCAGUAAAGUGUCCGGUCCUGCGCGACCGCCGAAACAAAAAAGUAACGAAUACACAUCCGGCGAGAGGAUAUUGGAUACCGUCCUUACGACUCAGAGGCCGGUAACUCAGAAAUACCUGCCCCCGUUCGAAAAGGAAAACGAGUACUCGUCCGGCGAGAAUAUUCUGGACACUUUUAGGGUGUCCAAUAGACCCACGACGGAAUAUUUACCGCCGGUGAGUACGGAAGCGACCCCCACCCCACAUCCGGAAAUUUUGUUCCAUUCCACGUCGAAGCCAUUUUCCGCGGCUGCUUCCCAAUUGGAUCCGGUGAUCGUUAGGGCGGAUAACGGUAAACUGCCGGGGUACUCUGACGUGAUCAAUCCCGAACUAAGACGGCUGAUCGACUUGCUGUAGAAGGCAUACCUCUUCGUAUGUUUAAAGAUAUUGUACAAAUGUCAGGAGUAAACCAAAUAUUUUAAGACGUUAGGAUGUAUAAUAAAUUUAAAAUAGUGUUCAAAUUCCUGUUACCUAAAUUCUAUUUUGGAAAGGCGUGGAGCUUGCAAAAGGGACCUAAUGGAUUGAUUGAAUUGCAAAAUUCUUUGUUUUUAUGGAGUAGAGGAUUUGGCCACUGACAAUAGCGUGCCAGAAAAGGAAAAAGAAAGAAUUUUGCAGAUAUACACUGUAUUAAGUACCCUUAGGUUUUAUUAAACAAUAUGUAAGAAUUUUGUUUGUUUGUUUGUCUGCUAAAUCUUCCAUAAUUUUAUGGUACACACUUUUCCGGAAUAGCCUAUAAAUAUUUCCUAGUUGGUAUGAUUUUUCGAACGGUGUGAUAUAUGAUUGUUUGACAAAUUACCAUGUUUGUGGUUUAAAAAAGGGACGAAAUAACAAUGCGCAGCAUACAGCAACGAGUGGCGUUGUUUUUCUGUCGUUAUUUAGCGCUAGUGUUUUACUGUUUACGACUUUGUUAAACAAAAACCGUCUUUAUUUUUGGUAUCGUAUAUUGUACGAUGUAAAUUGUAGUUCCGUGGUU